CAGGGAUCGGAGAAGGGUCAUCCAGUUGUUGUUGUAGCCUUUGUCUGUUGUUCUGGACGUGUUACAAGUGCACCGGUUUCGCUUAAAUGGCUUAAAACAAUCCUGGCUAUUUAUAACUGAGGAGAGUUUCGUUCUUCCUCGGGGACUGAGCGCUGGCUGGACUUGGAGCAGCGAACGAAUAACGCUAGAAAUGCAUUUUCUUGGCAUUCUUGUGCUACUGUUCGACUUAUCUCGGGCUUUCCCUGUUCCAGUAGAUACCGUCAUAGUUCAGGUCCAGCAGUGGGGAGUGGUGGGUGCUCAGUGGGUUGAGGAGCAGGUUCUUCUCAAUGGAGUCUCUUUCACUGGCACAAGCCAGGAAUUCAAGAGCAUUAUCAAAACCAUUUCGGCUGAUGCACUCCAUCCGACUCUAAUCAGGGUCAACCAGACUUCAGCGCUGAGAAACCACACUGUUCUUCGCUCUCGCGAAUGCAUACUGGAGGGGUCUCAGCUGCAUUGGACAGACCGUGUUUUCUAUGACGGGAAGGUCUGUCUUACUCUGGACCACACUGACACAUGGACAGCCCAUACACCGCAAGCAUUGGCCCUCAAAGUGUUAUGGGACCAGGAAGUGCAGCGCACCAGGACAGAGAGAAUCCGCCUUCAGGAGGGAUGCAUCAAGCUAAUGAGAGAACUGAAGCUUUCAGAGGAAAGUUCAGUUCCAGGGAUUCCUCUGCCUCAGGUUCUCAUUCCAGUCUUUGCACUCCUGGCUUUUGCGGGCCUAAUCAUAAUCAGCUUCCUCCUCUCCAAAAACCGAGGUUUGAGGCACCCUGGAGGUGUUAUCGGCUCGGUCAUACAUUAUCCUAAAGACAUGACUGAAACUGAUCCAGAGAUAAAAGGCCCUGGUUACCGUACAUUGUAAUUCAAAGCACCAACUGAAUAACUGAACAUUAAGCUAAGUUCAGACCAGGUCAUUAUAUGCACUUUAUCCUGCAAGUAUCACAGUUUACACUGGUGCUUUUACUGUGCAUAUUUUUACUAUUUAUGAAUACACACAGAAAUUCAAGUACGUUCACUUCCUCCAGAAAUGUACAAGCUUUUUUUGCACAAUUAAUAACUAAGGCAGAUGUUGUCAUCAGUCAGAGAUAUUCAAGUACACAGCUUAUGUGGAAAUAUAUAAUGGAAAGAAAUCAUCCUGUCUCAAGCACAUACAGUAUCUAAUGGAAGCUAAGACCAAGAAUGUAACAGAUUGUCUUACCUGCUGACGUCAAGCAUUUUGUGCAUUUUCUUUUGCCCUGAGAUCAAUCACAGUGAAACUCUGACCAUGUCCAGUUAUCCAAAGAGGCUGACUGUGCCUUCUAUAUGAUUAAAUGUUUUUGAGAUACUGAAUAAUGCUGUGAUUGUCAAUAUGUUGUAUCCUAUUGUGUGUGCAUGUAAAAUUUACAGAACUGUUUAAUUAAAGAUACUUUUAUGAUGUGUUUAUUUUAUAUUGUCACAUUUUCCACUUAGUGUCAGGUUACUUUAGUUUGUGGUAAUGGGACAAAAUAUUUAAGAAUGAAUCUAAACUUGAGCACUUAAUACAAACUUUAACUCGCACAUAGUCAUUGUAUCUAUUGCAUUUGUACACUGCCUGUGAAUACUGAAAUACCAUUAUCAUAGAGUUUGUGACAGUGCCAGACUUCCAAGUUUGUGUGAUGGUUUCAUGAUGUAUUAGAAGUUAAAACCUCUGGUUUUUGUUUGUAAGAUUCUUAUAUUUGUAAUUAUCUUCCCAGUUUUCCAGAAAAAGAUUCAAAAUACAGUCUGCCACUCAGUGCAAGCAACAUUUUAUUUUUGAACAGAGCUGUAUCAAUUGCCUCCUGCUUCUCCUGCACAUAUACUUGUUCAAGACACCAGGACAUCAAGGACCAGAUGCAAUAUUUUUCAGGAACUUAUGCUUCCUUUUUGCUGCAAAGUGUUUGUCCACACAGACAUUAAUCUGUAUGUCAUUGUGUAUCUGACAAUUUUGAUUAAAGUCUCCAAAGUCUCUGG